AUUGGAUCGGAGUGAAAUCAAGCAGAUGAAAAUAAUCACCAACACUUUAACGCAAGAUGAAAACAAAAGGAGUGUGCAAAUCGAAGCUAGUUGUUGCGACCUGAAAACUGAGACCGUUGAUUCAGCUAAGAAGUACUCGACUCUGCCUGCAAAGGAAAGCGACAGACAAACUGGACACUCUAGUAUAAUAAAAAUUCAAGUAGAGAAUUGCUCGCAGUGUGUGGACAGUGUCAAAUCUUCGUUCUUUACAACUUCUGGGAAGAGAUUCGAGGAUGGCAAGAGCAAGGACUUGCAUUGCAAAGCGAAUCUUCCUCGGGUUAAUUAUAAUUCGAUAGAAUCCAUGGCCGAGACCGAUUGUACAAAAAGCAGCAAGUCACGCUGCGGUAGCAAAGCAUCCAUCGUGCAUUGUAUAACGAAGAGUAAAAAGUGUAGUAAUGCUAGUAGCAUCGAUGGAAUGAAAACUGCGGAUUCGAUGAGGAAGUAUUUGUGGGGGGGGAAUAAAAGUUCAAAGAGCCAGGCAGUGAAAACGCUCGAAAAGUCCAAAGUACAAGAAGGAAAAAAUUCUAUGGUUAAACCGCUGAAAUAUAAAAAGGCUUCCAGUCCCGUUAAAAAGGUCAGUCGCUCUUCGUUGACCAUCGAUGCAGCUAAAGUUACAAUAAAUUUGUCGAAAUACUCGCCAUGCGCCAGCAGGUUAGCCGCAAGUUCAAAAAUCCUUUCCAAUAACUCGUCGACCAGUCUGGAGAAUUCACCACGGACCGUUAGUUCCAGAAGCCCUUUGCCUGUAGAUGUACAGAUUGAAGAGACUCAGAAGCCACCAGAGAAGGUUACCAUCCAGGCGAGCUUGUCUUUGAACAUUCAACAAAUUCAAAAAUCCAACUCGACUCCACGCAGCAGAAGCGUAGGUGACAGUUGCGUGACAUCACCGACUAGCGAAGCAACCACGCUGAGCUACUCGCCGACUGGAACGGAGAUCCUGUCUUUGGAAGAGGUCGGUCCACAGAUUUCAGUGACCGACACAUCGGGGAAUUACAUGGACGUCAAAGACAAACUGGGGUGCGAGUUCCCUGACAAGGCCCAGAAAGCAACGCUUGAAACAAAGUGCUAAUGCUAGAGUUAGUUAUUGAGCCCGCUGAGUGGAGCUUUUUUUCCUUCCUCGUGAUUCCAAUGGGGGAACUCACAGAUUUUUACGAUGCUGUGGUGUCGUUGAGUGAUGUAGUGCCAGUGAGACUAUACAUACCACGUUUGUAAGAUUUAUUAUAGUAUUUGUACGGACUAAAGAGUAUAUGUGUAAAGUUAAAGAAACUGAUUCUACGGAUCUAGAUGCGGAACGUUGUUGCGAUGGAUACGUUGAGCGUUAUUAUGAAACGAGGGAAUUGAUUGACUUACGAGUAACGAGAUCGGCUUGUUGCAACGGUGGCUGCGCGUUUCCUCUUCGUAUCUCAAAGGAGCUUUCCAUGCUUUUUACUCAACGGUCUGGUUGAGUACUCCCUUCUCAUUUUUCUUCCCACUCGAACAACAAUAUCGAUUGUUGGCAUUCGGUUAUCCGAGUACCAUGCAUCGACGUCAAGUGCGUUUCUAAAUUGAAAGUGCCAAAGAAUAAGUGCGUCCGUCAGGUGACAUGUCUGCAAUGUCCGACAGUGUGCACAGUUCUGGGACUCGUUGAUUGUCCCGGACUUACAAAGUUAUACCGAUGAAUCACCUCUUCUCUUCUCCUCUUCUCUUCUUCUCGGAGACUUACCUGACAAUCGUAAGCUCAAGCAAAAGCCUCGAUUAUGACGGUUGAUUAAUUCCUAACGUGUCGCGUUAAUUUGAAAUAUUAUCAUUUUGUUACGCUACUUAUGCUAAAUCGUUGGAAGCCUUUGAGCGAAGUGUUACGGAAGUAUUUUUCUUUGGGUUCACCUCGAAGAGAUUGUGUAAAUGGGGCUAUGUUCUCCGUGUGUUCCAAAUGUCAUCAGACCUCUUCGAUACUCUUGGAGCAAUUUACUUCUACCGGGGUGCGUUCCAUUUAGGGUCUAUGAUUUAAAAUUUAAUCGUCGUAGUAUUAUACCACUUUUAAGCGUAGGCUUGGUCGAACAUUCUUAUUAGUAGUGAGGUCCACUUUUGACGCAACGUUCUUCUACGCAGUCAUGAUGCCUGGACAUAGCGAAACAACUUUCCCUUGUAAAAAGGAUCGUACGUGUCGUCAUUAGCAAAGAGUCACUGCGGUUAAUUAAUUAAUAUUCUAAUAUUAGAUCCGUAAAGACCCACCAAAUAGAGCUAACUGGAAAUCUUCCAACGGAGUGAUCGAUCAAUGCUCAGGCAGCUUCGGUCAGGAUGCAAAAUGCUGCCGCAGAGUGUUGUAACAAUAUCUUGCGUUUUAACCAUGAACCUAAGGGGAAGUAAUCUUGUAUACGAGGAGGAAAAGGAGAGAGGCAAAUAGUUAGGGACAAUAUAACUGCCAAAUUCAACUAUGGAUUAGUUAACUUCUAAAUAAAUGAAUUAUCCGAAGGACUUGGACCGUGCGUUUCUUGUUAGUAUUUUUAUAUCGCAAGUGUGUAAAUAUCACGAGUGCACAUCCACGUGGAAAGGUUGUCUUCUUCAUCUUCUUCUUCGUUUUUUGUAGACCGCGAGGCACGGCGUAUCGGUGCCGAGCCAAUGGAACAAAAUUCAAGUCCGAAGCAUCGUUUUUUACUCUGGCUUUUAAACGUUUUAUAAGGCAGCGCCCCUCCUGUCGACCCGACGCAAUUUUUCUAAUGCAUUUCAGUCGCCGCAGGAUAAUAUAACUUACGACUACGUAAUAAGUAAUGGCUCUUGUGUAAGCUUACCUGUAAGGAAUGUUAACAAUUGGACCGCGGUAUACCGAGAGGCCGGUACUCUAAGUGUGCUCAAUCGAAGUCCUUGCGAGCUUGGACUUUUUUACGGCGGUAUGAAAUUAUGAAAAGAAAAAAUCCCUUAUGGAAUUUUUCUCCGAAUGGGGUGCACGGAAUUGUUUGAAACUUUACCAUGUGAAUGUGAAAACUCUGAUGAAGGUCUCGACACCCUUGAAAUGUUGCUUUUCUUUACAAAAAAUUAAGAAAUAUUUAUGAACGUCAAGGAAUUAAUUUUCAUGGGUGUCAGGGCUUUCUUUAGAGCGUCCAUAUUCACAUAGUAAUGUUUCAUACGAUUCGGUACACAUUUGGAGGAAAGCUUCAUGGAUGAGACCCUUCAGGCACUACUUUUAUGUCACCUUAAAUUUUCAUGUCUCACCUGUACGAAAUGUCAAGUGGCAUUAAAUCCCCAACUGGUUUGCGUGGCUUUGUUAAAAUACUGCCAGGGGUAGUUGCUUUUAACGCAAGUUCUGUCUCUUCGCCGAUCUUGGGAAUUUGUUUCAUUGACAAGCGUUCGCUUAACUUUAACUUUGUCUGAGAAGGUCUGUAUCUUCUGCGCUGAUAAAAAUCCCCGUGUAAAUUUACAUAUUCAAUAAUUAAUUAUUUCCAUGCCAGAACAAAUUGCAGUUAAAUU